CUUCUCCAAUUGGAGAAACCUGAGAAUUUUGAAGCAAUGAAAUUGGAAUAGUUUCAUCCCUAAGAAACAAAAACCUAAAUCCAAACUUGCAAUUUUCGAAACCAACACACAUAUAUAAUGGAAGGUAUUGUAACCCACAAAAUAUUCAUCAAAGCUUUCAAAGUCUCAUAAUCAUUUACAAGAAAAAUAAUACAGAGAUUUUCACUUGUAUUUGUUAAAACAAAAAAAUGGCAAUGAGACCAAGAGGCGGUGGAGUUGGACCUAAUCGCCCUAAUCGAGUGCAGCGACCUGCAGCUCGCCCAGUUUACGAAGAUUUUAAGCCUGUUUCUGAGCGGCAUCAAGAGGAACAAGCUGAAAAACUAGUUAUUUUUCUUCCUGGUUUCAUGAAGGAGAGCAUUAGAGUAAGUACAGAAGGCAAGAACACAGUGAGAGUACGUGGAGAGCGGUUUAUAGGAGGCAACAAAUGGCAUCGCUUCCAAGAAGAUUUUCAAGCACCUGAUAAUUGUAACAUGAGAGGUAUCCAUGCCAAAUUUGAGAAUGGAAUUCUCAUUAUCACUAUGCCAUGGAAUAUGCCCAAGCAAUUAUUAGAUGAAUCCACAAAACAAUCCCCUUUAACAACCCCUCGUAAGGAUGAUAAUGUUCCUCCCAAAACAACUUAUCCAACUGUUGAAACCCCAAGAAAACCAACCCCUUUAAAACCCACAGCUCAACUGCCAAAGCCUCAAAAUGCUGACAAAGAUAAAGAUUCUACAAGAAAUGAGACAUUGGGGAGUGCUGAAUCAUCAGAGACUCAAAAGGGUGAUAAUGUUCCUCCCAAAACAACUUUUCCAACUAUUGAAGCCACCCCAAGAAAACCAACCCCUUUAAAACCCACAGCUCAAUUGCCAAAGCCUCAAAAUGCUGACAAAGAUCAAGAUUCUAGAGUUAAGGAAGACGACCAAUUGAUGAGUGCUGAAGAUACAGAUUUUCCAGCUCUUAGAAAAACCCCAUUAGGGAACACUAGUGGUGAGACGGAAAAACCAAAAGAUGAGAAGAAAAUCUUGGAAGGACUAGUAGGGAGUACGGAGCCAAAGAUGCAAAAGAGUAAAGAAGAAAACUUGGAUCAGAACAGAACACAGUUGUUCAAAAGUGACAAAGAAGUUGAAAAGGAGGAGAGCCAUGAUGCAAGAGGAAAGAAGGUUGCUGAAAAGAGUAAAGAUCUAAGAGAAGAGUUUCAAGAAAAGGUUUGGCAGAAAGGAUCAAAAGAAAAGGAAAGUACAAGUAAUGUAGCUGCUGGUACCUCUUCUUAUCCUGGCAGUAUUGGCAACUUGAAGAAAAGCCUUGUGGAACUAAAUGAAGAGAGACAACUGCUUGUUAAUGCUGGAGCUGCUGUGCUGGUGAUUAUGGCUCUAGGAACUUAUGUUUACUACUCCAUCGGAUCAGGGAGAGCUGAGUAAGAACAACCAACACUAAUGUAAAAAAUGUACAAAUUUACUUCGAUUGUAAUGCUUUUAAUUUGUGCAAAUAAAAAUAAAUGGGGUUGACAAGUGCAUAUGCGAAAAUUGUACGAACAAAUCAUUCUUUUAAGUCUAAGUUAAUAAAAAAAUUGAAACUGUCAGCUGUCAGUUACACGGAAA